ACCCUAGCCAUCCACACCCUCCUCUUCACCAGACUCGUUUUUUGACAUUUUCUUCCUCGACCAUGAAAAGAGCUUUUGACAAUGGAGUAUCCGCAAUGAGCCCGGACAUGGCAAAUUGCCUGAUAUUUCUCUCGGGCAGCGUCGACACCAUGCCAAUAAGGAGAACCGAUUGUCACGGCGGCGACUUCGAGUGCAAGACCUGCAAACGCCAGUUCCCGUCGUUCCAAGCAUUGGGAGGCCAUCGAACGAGCCACAAGCGGCCAAAGCUGUCGGAACCAAAGCUGGAGGAUUGCACGGUCUUAACCUUGGGCUCAACGGCAAUGCCCAGGAUGCACGGGUGCACGAUUUGCGGGCUCAAGUUCGCGAAUGGCCAGGCCUUGGGUGGUCACAUGCGGAAACACAGAGCAGAAGUUUUGAGCGAGGUCACGGCGAACAUGAACUCGGUAAUCCCAGUUGUCAGGAGGUCCAGCAGUAACAACAGGAGGGUUAUGAGCCUCGACUUGAACUUGAGUCCUCUUGAGAAUGACUUGAAGAUCUUGCUCGGCGAGCUAACGCCGAGAAUACUGAUCCAUUGAUGAAUUGAUUCUUUUUGGUGUGAUUGAUCUGACUUUCAACCUUUUACAUUUUCUUGCUUUGUUAUUCGGGUUUUGCUUUUACCCAGAAUUGAGUUUCAUUCAUUCAUUCGUUGUACAAAACAAGACUCGCCAGAAGCAAUUGAUCGUCGUGUAUA